GCGAUCCAAACUCCCGGUGUCUCAUUUGUUUGGCGCCUCCUGGUUUCCCAGGGGUCCUCUCUUUGGGCUCCUGGUUGAGAAGCUGCGGUUUGCUAGAUUUGUCUUGUUUUGCAUUUCCUGCAAUUAUCCCCACAUCUUAUGCCAAUUGGUACGAGAACACAAAGUGAGAAAAGAAGCGGGAUCCUGAAUUCUUUUGCUCCCACAGCCACUCCAGCAGACAAGGAUGGCCUCUCGCAGAGCCUUGGCUCCUACAGCAGCCACCGGGGUAGAACUUCUUGGGAAACCAAAGUAAAUUAAAGGAGGACCCGAUUCUGGAACGUUAUUUUAAAGGCCACAAAGCUGCGAUCACCUCCGCGGACUUCAGCCCCAACUGCAAACAACUUGCUACUGCUUCCUGGGACACUUUUCUCAUGCUAUGGAACUUCAAGCCACAGGCUAGAGCUUACAGAUAUGUGGGUCACAAGGAUGUUGUAACCAGCGUGCAGUUCUCUCCACAAGGAAACUUAAUAGCCUCCGCCUCCCGAGACAGGACUGUGAGACUCUGGGUUCCUGACAGGAAGGGGAAAUCUUCAGAACUUAAAGCACACACGGCCCCAGUUCGAAGUGUGGACUUUUCAGCUGAUGGCCAGUUACUAGUGACAGCGUCUGAAGACAAAUCCAUCAAAGUGUGGAACAUGUACCGUCAGCGCUUCCUCUACUCCCUGUACCGACACACACACUGGGUGCGCUGUGCCAAGAUCUUUGUCUGCCUGUUUACGUGCCUGUUUCCGAUACGCCUUUUCUAUGUCCUCAGAUUCUCACCUGAUAAAAGAUUGAUCGUGUCCUGUAGUGAGGAUAAAACUGUUAAAAUCUGGGAUACUGCAAGUAAGCAGUGUGUUAAUAACUUCUCAGAUUCUGUAGGAUUUGCAAAUUUUGUUGACUUUAACCCUACUGGAACAUGCAUAGCUUCAGCAGGCUCUGAUCACACUGUUAAAAUCUGGGAUAUAAGAGUGAACAAAUUACUCCAGCACUAUCAAGUUCACAGCGGCGGUGUGAACUGUCUGUCAUUCCAUCCUUUGGGUAACAGCCUCGUCACUGCCUCUUCUGAUGGAACACUUAAGAUUCUGGAUCUUCUAGAGGGAAGACUCAUAUACACACUUCAAGGACAUACGGGACCUGUCUUUACUGUUUCGUUUUCGAAGGAUGGAGAGCUGUUUGCAUCAGGCGGUGCAGAUACGCAGGUCUUGCUGUGGAAAACUAACUUCACUCAGUUACACUGUAAAGAUCCUAGAAGAAACCUGAAAAGGUUGCACUUUGAGUCCUCGCCACACCUUCUUGACAUCUAUCCACGGUCCCCACAUGCCCACCAAGAUAACAAGGGCACUGUUGAAAUUAAUCCAAAACUUGAGGUAAUGGAUCUGAAGAGUUCUUCUCCCCCUGUUGUAGAUGUCAUUUCAUUUGAUUCAACCACGACAACAGAUUCCUCCCAUCAAGUUGUGCCAGACAAGGGUGAAGACAUCUGUUCGUAUUUCCUGAACCCUUCCUUAUUGCCAGAAUGUUCAUCCUCAACCGUGAAAAAGAAAGUGGAAGACUUAAGUGACCCGCCCUCUGAAAGCCAGAGAAGCGUACCUCUUGCCGUGACUGAUGCUCUGGAGCAUAUUAUGGAACAGCUCAAUGUUUUAACACAGACUGUUUCAAUUCUGGAGCAGCGCCUGACUUUGACAGAAGAUAAGCUAAAAGACUGCCUUGAAAAUCAGCAAAAGCUUUACAAUGUCAUCCAGCAGAGAAGUUGACCAGGAAAGUGUGUGAGCAACAGGCCAAUAAAUGAAGAAAUGUUCUCACUCGGGAAGGCGGCAAGGCAUCCCACACCCCCCACCAUACUAGUUUCCGUGUUUCUUCAGAGGGUGAGCCAUAGAAUGAAAGGGUCAAGUCAUUUUUAAGGACUGGCUUAAACACGUAAAUCAAUGUCAAGGAUCAAUUUAAGCUCCUUCUAGGUAUGAUUGCAGUAAGAAAGUUAUGAACAUUUAAAUUACCCCAUUCCCUUCCACCCCAUAUUAUUUGAAAUGUCAGUUUUUAUUUAAUAUGCAAAUGCCCACCAGGAAAGUAAGCAGAUCUCUAGACUUUAUUGUUAAAUCAUUUCAGAUUGACCAUGUUCAGGCAAUUCCUGAAGGUAGUUAGUGUAUUUCUUAGGUGAACAGCACCCUGGAGGUGAAAUCAUUCACUGCUCUCAAAUAGCACCUGAAAUGUAAAAAAAAGUGUAAUUGAGCUGGCUCAUAUUUCUUUCAGGUCCACAAAAGAACUACACUUUUCUAAUGCCUUGAAAAGAUGGUCCCUCAGAAUUCUCCCAGAAUAAUCUUAUCUCAAUUAGCAACAGUGCUCACUGACAGCAGGGCUUUUCCUUGUCUGGUAGUAAUGGGUACCAUGCAAAGCUCUUCUGUUACAGGUGAGCCCUGAGUGGUCUGGGUCAUACUAAACGUGUGCUCACAGUUUGUACAGCUUGUGUGAUUUCAGUGUGCCAAAAGCCAAAUGAUGAAAAGCAGAUGUAGCUAUACAUGAAUCACAUAUGCCAUUGCUUAGGGUGAAGCUGGUGGCUGAAUAAGUGCAUUUUUAUUUAGAAAAUAAUUUGUACUGUCUAUUUUAUUUUGAUGAAUUGUGAUUUGAAAUGAAAACAAGUUAGGCAUUCUAAAGAUCUUGGUUACAAGUUAAGAAUGUUUUUUUAUCUUGAACAAAAUGGAAAUCAAAGUAAAAAAGAGGCAAUUUCAAGGCAGCUGGUUUUGGGCAUGAAGAAUGAAGGCCAGACACGUCUGUGUAGCAGGCACAAGUGCUAUCUGUGUACUGAAAAAGAAGAACUGAAGUGGGAAUGCAGACAUUUUUCUCCCACUAGCUUCAGUUAUAUGCCUAUGAGCUGUAUAAAACUGUAUACUGUAAAUGCCUUUUCUGUCCUCUAAGUGUGGCCGUCUAGACAUUUUCACAAGCUCACAGAACUAAGUGGCCGUGUAUUUUUAUACCUCCACUGAGAAAAUUACAAAAACAUGAAAUGUAAUACCAACUUUUAUUUACUCUUUUUAUGCUUCAAACAAUAAAGAUACUUCUCUUUUUAAAGAACAAUAA